CCGGUCCAGCAGGUUCUCUUAUAAGACCGCCAGCCCACUAAACCACCAGAUUUCUCUUCUUCCGUCGUCUUCUCACCCCCGUAAACUUCUUUCUCAGGUAAUUUUACACAGCAGCAAUCACAAUGGCUCCCCCCGAUGUGUUGAUGGUAGGAACAGGCGAGUACACGACCGGCUACGUCGGCGGUGCAGCCUCGACCUCCGACAAGAAAGUGGGUGUCGUGGGUCUGACUUUCUUCGACCUGCGUCGUCGCGGAAAAGUCGGCAACCUGAGCAUGGUGGGCGUGUCUGGCUCCAAGUUCCCCGGAAUCCGCACACACCUUCAGAAAAAUAUCUCCGAAGUCUACAACAACCUCGAUGUCUCCUUCUCCUCCUUUCCCGCCGAUAACACCACCGACCCAGAAGCCUACAAGGCCGCUAUCGACGCCCUCCCCGCAGGCUCCGCAAUCACUAUCUUCACCCCCGACCCAACCCACUACCCCAUUGCCCUAUAUGCUAUUCAACGCAAAAUUCACGUCCUGAUCACCAAGCCCGCGACUCAACUCCUCCGCGACCACCUUGACCUUCUCACCGAGUCCCGCAAACACAAUGUCGUUGUCUACAUCGAGCACCACAAGCGCUUCGACCCGGCCUACAGUGAUGCCCGUGCCAAGGCCUCCAAGCUUGGUGACUUCAAUUACUUUUACAGCUACAUGAGUCAGCCGAAGAGUCAAUUGGAGACGUUCAAGGCGUGGGCUGGCAAGGACUCGGAUAUCUCUUACUACUUGAACAGCCACCAUGUGGAUGUUUGUGAGAGUAUGGUGCCAGACUAUGUCCCCAUCAAGGUGACGGCCAGUGCGGCGACGGGAACAGCGGUCGAGCUGGGUUGUGUCAAUGAGACGGAGGAUACAAUUACCUUGCUUGUGGAAUGGAAAAAGAAGGAUGGAUCGAGGACGGCCACGGGUAUUUACACGGCUAGUUGGACGGCGCCGCAGAGGGCGGGCGUGCAUUCGAACCAGUACUUCCAUUACAUGGGCUCGAAGGGUGAGAUCCGUGUUAACCAGGCUAAGCGUGGUUAUGAUGUUACGGAAGACGAGUCCGGACUUGCGUGGAUUAACCCUUUCUAUAUGAAGUAUGCCCCUGACGAGGAGGGCAACUUCGGUGGCCAGACUGGUUACGGAUACAUCAGUUUCGAGAAGUUCAUUGAUGCCGUCACGGCUGUCAAUGAGGGCCGGUUGACACUCGACCAGCUGGAUGCAAGACCAAUCCCGACACUGCAAAACACAAUUGCCACGACGGCAAUUCUGCAUGCGGGACGCAUCUCCCUAGACGAGAAGAGGUCGGUAGAAAUUGUGACUGAGGAUGGAAAGUGGGAGCUGAAGUAGAUACCUUAUUAUAGAGACUUGGAUGUAUUUGCUUGGUUAUGUAUGGCUGUAUAAAUGUCAUUGAUUCUAGUCAAUAUGUCACGGAGAUGCAG